CUGAAGGCUGCGCUCACUGUGGUCUUAAACGUUGUUCCAUAUAUCUCCCCUGUCGGUUCUGAUCGAGUGUCGAUUUUUCCGCCCGUCGAAAGCAAUUAUCUUUGCGUUGGGGGGUCUAUCCCCAUUGCAUCUUCCCCGGAUCUUGGAUCCGACCAUCGAUAGUGAUCACCGAUAGAACGAGAAACGCUUCUCACCAUGUCCGGAGUUUUCGGAACAGCGUCCAUGCCGAGCACAUCUGCUGCAUCGCUUGCCAAUAACAUCAAUAAUACCGUUUCCGCGACUUCCGUCUCCUCGUUACUUCCUUCGCCUCGUGAUUUAUUUACUCUUCCCUUUCGCGCGCUCAAUCAAGCGGAGACCUUUGCAUUCAGUACGGUUCCCCGACAUAUCGCACGGUUGACAGGCCUAAAUGAUAUCAGUGUGAGUUUCUGGAGCGGAGGGCCGCAUGCGAUUGGAGAGACUGGGUUACGAGGCGAUGCUAUGGCGGCGGCGAAUACGGCGGGCGAAGGGGUUGCUCAGGCUGUCGGGUAUGGGGAUAGCUGGUACGUCGCAGAGUUGACGCAGACGAUGCGUAAAGUCGGCGGAUUCUUCGCGUAUUUGACCAGUAUCUGGUCGUUUGCAUGCCUAGUCGAGGCCUUGGUUUUGAACCGAAUCACUAUCUACGCGUCGACUCGGCGACAUCUUCGACUGGGCUGGGAGAGACGACUUGCCUUGCGCAUUAUUCCCAUUCUUCUUUUUGUCACUCAGAUUAUGUCUUUGUUGCGCGGCAUUCGAUGCCAAUCCUCUCCAGCCUUUUCCGAAAUGCGCUACGGCAAGCCAGGGAAGCCAUUGAUUUUUGACUAUGCUAGUGGUGGAGGUGCUCUUUACUCGAUGACUUCGCGUCUCAUGGCUUGGGAGUCCGAUGCACAGGCCUGUGGUGCUGUAAAGAUGGGACGGGCCUGGGGCAGUUCAGAUGUCCCAUACGGGUCAUUCUCUCUGCUGUGGCCGGUAUUCCUGCUGCUCUGUCUCAGCCAUUUCAUCGAGACCCUUUCGUGCGCCUUACAGGGUCGGCCUGUUAUGACCGAGACAGGAAUGUCGAUUUUCGAGCACUCUCUUGCCUUUGCCGAAGCUGAGUCCAUGAUCAGCAAGUCAAUUGGGCUUGGAAUAUUUGGACUCGCCAAGCAAAGUCCCCUGGCUGAAGGAUCAUCGGGAGAAAGCUCCGGUUCUGCUCUUCAACUUCUCACCAGAUCGCAGGUUCUGGAGCGAAUGAACGUUACGCCAGAACUCCUGCUCAUUGUCUUGAUUUCGUGCUGUAACAGUCUUUCUUCGCACAUUCUCGACGUUUUCGGCAAACAGAGUCGCUAUCGCCUAUACAAUACUGCCUUCUGGGGUCUCUGCUUCAUGGCUGCCAUGUGCUGGGGCUUAGAGAGCGGCCCUCCAUUGAGUCCGGAGACAGGUGUCCUCAAAUUCCCAACCGUCUGCAUCAUCGGCUUUAUUCCUCAUCUUUUCGUUCUCCUUGGCAUUGUCACUUGCCUUGCAAUCUACGUCUUAGCUCUGGCCAUCACCGCUUUCUCUUUACCAGUCGAAGAUGGCCAAUCUGUCUCAAUUCGAGAACGGUUCGUAUUGGCCCACGAGAACAUGCAAGGCUCCAACCAGAUCCGAAGCAUCCGCCUCAACGGACAUGAAGACUUCUAUACAACUUUGCUUCGCGUUGGCUAUGUUGCUUUGACCGCUGCUAGCGAAGCAGUAUUCUUGAACGAAGGCAAAGCAGUCAUCGCCAGACAGAUGACCUGGCUUGAGAGAGACCGACUGGCUGAGAUUGAAGCCUCUCGACAGCGAAACUCAUCCUACCGUAACUUGCCCAACCAGUUCGAUGGCGGGCCCUUUGAAGCUGUGGGCUUCGGCACUUUUGAUUUGCCUGAACAAGCCACCGUGUGGGAGAGUGGUUACAAUCGCGAAAAGAAGAUCGAGAAACCUAAGAACGGAUCUCGACAGGUGCGGCCUCAGGCUGAACUGGGCGGCGUGGGUGCAGUGCGGGCGUCCGUUCGAUUGUACCAUUGCAUCUCUUUCUUCCGCGCCAUUGGCUUGCUCAUUUCGCGAUGGAUCGCGUAUGGGUUUAGUCGUAUCCUUGACCGGCUUGGUAUCAAUGCUCGCCCACUGUGGCUGAAGCGUCUGUCUGGAACGCACAAAGACAAGGCAGUCCCCAAGAAGUCCACUCCGUCCGGCCCCGUCGACUUUUGGGUUCUUACAGAUGACGGAGAGCUGGAGCUCCCCGAAGACCAUGAGUUUGAUGUUGAGUUGGAAAUGCAGAAGCAAGAUCAAUCCUACCCACAAAACUGGGACACGGCUGAUGAACGCCGACUGGAUGAAAAGCUCUACUCUUGGUGGAAAGUAGGAGGAUCGUGGGGAAACCAGGACCACACGCCCGAUUACAACCCACCUGCGGAUGACGACGAUACAACGAGCGUCGUAUCAAUGUCCACGUGUGCAUCGGAGUCGGAAUGGGAAGAUGAUCCUUCCGACGGACGUCGUACACCAACUCAGACCAACCCAUACCCCCAAUUCUCUCGAGAAAGCACCCCCGCUCUGGACCCCUUGCUGGAUAUGAGCACCUUUGCACGUCUCCUUGACCCCCGCGACCGCGAAAGCCAGGAAGAAGCCCGCAUUCUCGCCGCACAUCUCAGCCCUAGCCGAGACUCUAAUCGGAUUAUGACUCGCAGCCAAUACAGGCAACAAGUCGAAAAGGAUAGAUCUCGUGUUCUCUUGUCCUCUCGCUUGCAUCAUCAUGCAGCUGCAUCGCAGUCUAGCAGUGACAAAAGGAAGCCAUCGGCGGAUGAAGAAACCGAGAUGCUCGAGCAAUUGAUUCUCUCACGCCGGUCGGAGAUGUCUUCUAGCUCGGAUCCUAAUACUUGGGAAAAUGGUGCAACAGGUCUUGGUCCGAAUGGACCUCCUUGUGUCGUAUGCCAGACUAACCCACGGUCGAUCAUCACCUGGCCUUGCCGUUGUCUAUGCAUAUGUGAGGAUUGCCGUGUUAGUCUCGCCAUGAAUAACUUUGGCAGCUGUGUGACUUGCCGACAAGAAGUUGGCGGCUUCAUGCGAUUAUGGGUUCCCUGAUCGGCAUUCUCGCGUUCACGCACCUUGCUUCUCUUUGCAUUUAUUUGCUUCUUUCUCUUGAAGAGACCAUUUAUCCUUUUCGCUAUUCUUACAAGGUAAUGCGUUGACAACGUGUAUAAUAUUGCAUCUACUUCUCUGAAUUGGUCGUUCCACAUCGGUGGCUGUCAAGACUUGCAUGGCUUUCUUUCUUCUUGCACAGAGUUGAUUUUUCAUCAUAUCUAGGGCUUCAGGUUUAAUUAAGAUUGAAUAUCAAGAUCAUUUAUCA